AUGACAGGCCAAGACAUUACACGUCGACAAAGUCUGCCCAAUGACCAUGAUACAGCAAACAACACCGAUUAUCGACAGAGCACGAACUCUGCGUUCACAAACGGCAUCAACAGCAGCAGUGCACAAGACCAGCGCGAUGGUAUCGACGUUCAACGGGCACCGUGGAGGAGACUAUACUCCUUCAUAACGUACACUCCAGCUCGUUGUCGCUAUGAUCCUGAACAGCCUCUUGUGUUUUCCAACUGGCUCAACGUCCUCUUCGCCUGUGCUGGUUGUAUCACAGUCGCGAAUCUAUACUAUACUCACCCGAUCCUGAACUUGUUUGCACGCGACUUUGAUGUUACCGACCAGGAGGCGUCGUACAUUCCGACUCUCGCGCAAGCAGGAUAUGCUGUCGGUCUGUUCCUUCUAAACCCACCUGGAGACCUCCUCCGACGACGACCGUAUAUCCUGUUGUUGGUUUGGAUAACUGCUACGUUGUGGAUCGGCCUCUGCAUCACCACGAACUUCCAAGUCUUUCUUGUUCUCACUUUCUUGACCGGCUUGACGACAGUGACGCCACAACUGAUGAUGCCGCUUGUUGGGGAACUCGCUCCGAAAGACCGCAAGGCUACGGCACUAUCGAUCGUUGUGUCCGGGCUUUUACUGGGAAUACUUGUCGCGCGCUUACUUUCAGGCGUUGUGGCUCUCUACAUCGGGUGGAGGUACAUCUACUGGAUCGCGUUUGGCCUACAAUACAUUGUCCUCAUCUUGCUCUGGUUCUUUAUGCCAGACUAUCCUUCCACGAAUCCUCAAGAAGACUGGCUUUCUACCAUGAAGGCGUACCCUUGGCUGCUUUGGGAUAUUGUACGACUGAUAUUUCAGCACCCAGUCCUGGCACAGUCCUGCCUCAUCGGGUUGUUCUCAUCAGCAGCAUUCACGAGUUUCUGGACUACCCUUACAUUUCUGCUCGCUGGCCCGCCAUACAGGUACGAUAGCUUAGUCAUCGGUCUGUUUGCACUCAUCGGCAUUGGUGCUAUGUCAAUGGGACCAGUCUUCGCUCGUACGGUCAUGGACAAACGUCAGCCUAUAUUUGGAGUAAUAGUAGGAACCAUUAUUAACCUGCUAGGAUGCAUUAUUGGAACUUUCGUUGGCAGGUCAAGUGUCGUUGGACCUAUUCUACAGGCUGCCUUUACAGAUAUAGGACUGCAGACGUCUCAGAUCGGCAACCGUACUGGUAUCUAUGCGGUCGAGCCACUAAAGCGAAAUCGUGUCAAUACUGCAUAUAUGCUUGGCGUGUUCUUCGGACAACUCAUGGGCACAGGAGUAGGCAACGCUGUAUACGCACGUGGCGGCUGGGUACACUCGGGAGCUGUAAAUAUUGCUCUCGUUGGGUUUGGGCUGUUGCUUUGCUUCGUGAAGGGACCUCACGAUUCCAGGUGGUUUGGCUAUCAAGGCGGCUGGAACAUGAAAGUCAGGCACUUGAAAGAGGAAAGGAACAACGAGGAUGUCACACAUGUUAGCGAUGAAAAACCAGGGCAACUUCCAGAGUCUGAAGGCAAUACUACGAAGACUUCUAUGAGCAAGCCUGCGAGCACUUAG